AUGAUCCAGCAGCACAAGUGGGAGAAGGAUCUGCUACCCAAGGCUCCAGACGUGGAAGGGGUUGAGACCCUCACCCCGGUUUUGUCUCCUCCUCCUUCCUCCAACCCCCCAUCCGACCCCCCAAUCAGCUUCGAUAACUUCGACCACCAGAAAAUCAAGUACUUGUGGAGCCAGCGGGGGCAGGAGUUCCGCAGACUGGUGGCGCUGGAUGAGGGGAUCCUGUGCUCGGCGCUCCAUGCUCACCACAGCGCUGGGCUGACCACCCUCAGCAAGGAAUACCGGAAGCUGUUCUACGGAGAGAAUCAGAUCGACGUGAAAGUGCCUUCCAUCCCCCAUCUCCUAGUAAAAGAGGUGCUGAACCCAUUCCAUGUUUUCCAAGUCUUCAGUGUGAUCCUCUGGUCCCUCGAUGAGUAUUACCUGUACGCGUCCGCCAUCGUCUUCAUGUCCGUCCUUUCCAUCUGCAUCUCCCUGUACUUUGUGAGAAAGCAAUACAUACUGUUACACGACAUGGUGGCAACUCAUAAUGUGGUACGAGUGAGGGUUUACCGUGGCAAUAAUGUGACCGAGGAAAUCUUCUCCACCGACCUGGUACCCGGUGAUGUCAUUCUCAUCCCGACCAAUGGCAUGAUGAUGCCGUGUGAUGCCGUGCUGAUCAGUGGAACCUGUGUUGUCAAUGAGAGCCUGCUGACCGGGGAAAGUGUUCCUGUCAUGAAGACCAACCUCCCAAAACCCCGCCAGGAAGCGGUGGGACCACACAGGAACGAGGUGUACAGCCCGGACAGCCACAAGCGCCACACGCUCUUCUGCGGGACAGCUGUGUCCAGACCCGUUCUACACUGGGGAGCCGGUGAAAAGCCAUCGUUGUUCCGCACAGGUUUCUACACCUCGAAGGGGCAGCUGGUUUGCUCGAUCCUCUACCCAAAGCCGACCGACUUCAAGCUUUACCGGGAUGCCUCCCGCUUCCUCUUCAGUCUGGUGUGCGUGGCUGGGAUCGGCAUGAUCUACAGCAUUGUCAGGAGCGUUGGCUCCCAGGAGGAGAUCGACCGCAUCAUCAUUGAAGCACUGGACAUCGUCACGAUCACGGUUCCUCCAGCGCUUCCAGCUGCCAUGACUGCAGGCAUCAUCUACGCUCAGCACCGGCUCAAGAAGAAGGGAAUCCAUUCCAUCAGCCCUCAGCGCAUAAACAUGUGCGGCCAGCUCAACCUGGUCUGCUUUGACAAGACAGGAACGUUGACUGAGGAUGGCCUGGAUAUCUGGGGCUUUCUCCGAGCCCAGGAGGGCAGGUUCCUCUCCCUGGAGCGCGACGUGGCCUCCCAGAGUCUCACUCGGUCCUGUUUCAUUGCCGCCAUGGCGACUUGCCACUCCCUGACCAACAUCGACGGGAAAGCUGUCCUGGAGAUCCCCUGGACUGCAAGAUGUUCGAAAGCGACUGGAUGGGUCCUGGAGGAGCCCACAGCCGAGGAGACGGCCCUGCAUGACCAGAUCAUGCCCACCGUUGUUCACACCGCCCCGCCAGUCUACCUGCACAACCCCGAGCUGUGGCGAUGCGAGCUCCAGGAGCUGAUGAACUCCUAUGAAUCGGAAUCAUCAGCCAGUUCCCCCUUCUCCUCUGCCCUGCAGCGUAUGAGCGUGGCCCGCACCCUUGGCCAGCGGAGGCUGAUCGCGUACAUGAAGGGGGCACCUGAGACGGUGGCCAGCCUGUGCAAGAAGGAGACGGUGCCGGAAGAUUUCUCCCACAUUCUGGAGAAGUUCACUCGGCAGGGGCUGAGGGUGAUUGCGCUGGCUUGUCGCAAGUUGGAGGCGAAGCUGACCUGGCACAAGGUGCAGACGGUGAACAGAGCCGUGAUCGAGGCCAACAUGGAGUUCCUGGGCCUGAUCAUGAUGCAGAACAAGCUGAAGCCACGCUCUGUCCCCAUCAUUAGGGAGCUCCAGAGUGCCCGUAUCCGCAUGGUGAUGGUGACAGGAGACAACAUGUUGACCGCCCUGUCCGUGGCUCGCGAGUCUGGGAUGAUCCCCCCGCAUGGGAAGGUGAUCAUCACAGAGGCGACACCCCCCAAGGACGGUCAGGUGGCCACCAUCAACUGGCAGUACGCAGAGGAGUCGGGUGGCUGGAGGAUGCACGACACCAAGGACAUCCGAAUAACGGUGGAGGAUGGCAGUUCGAAAGACAUGCCCCCAUUACCAGAUGCCUGCUACCAUUUCGCCAUGACUGGGAAAUCCUUUGACGUGAUCACAGAACACUUCCCUGAUCUGCUUCCCAAGCUCCUCCUGUGUGGCACGGUUUAUGCUCGAAUGGCCCCAGAUCAGAAAACCCAGCUGGUGGAGGAGCUUCAGAAAGUGGACUACUAUGUUGGAAUGUGUGGCGAUGGUGCCAAUGACUGUGGGGCACUGAGGCGAGCUCAUGCUGGGAUCUCCCUCUCGGAACUCGAGGCUUCUGUGGCUUCCCCAUUCACGUCGAAGACCCCGGACAUCUCCUGCGUGCCGGACCUCAUCAGAGAGGGUCGUACAGCUCUGGUCACCUCGUUCUGCGUCUUCAAAUUCAUGGCCAUGUACAGCCUCAUCCAGUACCUCUCUGUCCUCCUGCUCUACUCGAUCCUGAGCAACCUGGGAGAUGUCCAGUUCCUCUUCAUUGACCUGGCCAUCAUCAUGAGCAUCACUUUCACAAUGAGCUUGAAUUCAUCCUGGAAGGAGCUGGUCCCACAGAGGCCACCCACCAGCCUGAUCUCCGUACCGAUACUGCUGUCUAUGCUGCUACAGAUCAUCCUCACACUGGCCUUUCAGGUCACUGCCUUCCUGCUGGUUAAGGAACAGCCCUGGUACGCAGGAACCCCCCCCUCGAAUGCUUGUAACGGGAACUGGGCUGAUGAGCUGAUCAAUACAAGCAUUCCGAUUCACAAUGACACUGAAGAGGAUCAGCACCAUAUCUCCAGCUAUGAAAACACCACGCUCUUCUUCGUCUCCUGUUGCCAGUAUCUGGCAGUUGCUUUUGUGUUCUCAAGGGGAAAGCCAUUUCGGCAACCCAUCUACAGAAACUAUUUAUUUAUGGGUUGUAUUCUGGUCCUUUACGGCUUCAUCAUCCUGAUUAUGAUGUACCCGAUCGAAAGUAUUGAUCAUUUCUUCGAGCUGGUCUGCGUACCCCUGGAUUGGCGGAAUAAGAUGCUGCUUUUAAUCCUGGCCAACCUAGCCCUUUCUUUUCUGGUGGAGAAUUUCAUCUGUGACUGCAGUGUCCGGUGGCUGAGGGUGUGUGCCGGGGCACCAACGAGUGUCCAGUCUCUGGUAUCGACACACAGCCGGACCCGGAUCCAGCCAGACCGCCCAGCAGGGGGUGGGGCCGGGGAGGACGCCCCCCGAAGGACAGGUACCGGCGCCCUGGCCCGAGAGCUGCUGCUCGACCCCGACUGGCCGCCCAAGCCCAAGACCUGCACCCUGGCCAGCGCCAUCCCCACCUCACAGGGAAACCGGGAGCACGUCGCACAGAGUGUGGAAAUGAAAAGUGCUGAUGAUACCUCGCCUCGGUCUGCAACAGUCAGGGAUACAGGAUCUACAUUCCUGCUCGUCUCCACUUCUCCAAGACCAAUGGAAAUCAAAUCUUGAGCUGCAUGCUGCGAUAAAGGCCUCUCUCCUCCUGUGGGGGUCAAUGAGGGUAUCAAAUCAGGGUUGGGGAGGGAGGGUGUGCAGACUUUAGAGAAGACAUCCCAGCUUGCUGUGCUCAAUUAGAUGCCAGCUUCAAUCUGACAUGUCUUUUCUGACCCAAUUCUCCAUCGCUCUCAGUUCCCCAAUCUAUCAAAAAUUCAUCCACCUCUUUAAAUGAUCGCAAUGAUCCAACCUCCACAGCCUUUCCAGGGCAGAGAAUUUCAGAGAUUCACAUCUCAGUGAAGGUUUUACACAUCUCAGUGUUAAAUGACCACCCCUAAUCCUGCAACUCUCUGGUUCCCUCCUUUGAGACUCUCCACGGUAAUGAAUUGAUCUGUAUGACUGGUAUACAAGACAGGUUUUUCAUGGUACGGUAGUGUAGCGGUUAGCGUAACGCUUUACAGUGCCAGCAACCUGGGUUCACUUCCGGCCGCUGUCUGUAAGGAGUUUGUACGUUCUCCCUGUGUCUGCAUGAGUUUCCUCUGGGUGCUCCGGUUUCCUCCCAACAUUCCAAAGAUGUACGGGUUAGGAAGUUGCGGGCAUGCUAUGUCGGCCCAGAAGCAUGGCGACACUUGCGGGCUGCUCCCCAGAACACUCUACGCAAAAGAUGAAUUUUGCUGUGUGUUUUGAUGUACAUGUGACUAAUUAAGAUAAAGAUAUCUUUAAAGAGGAUCACUGUACCUUGGUACAAGUGACAACAAUAAACCAAUUCCAGUUCCAAAUCUCCACGUCUACCCUGUCAAGUCCCCGCAGGAUCUGAGAUGUUUCAAUAAGAUCGGAUCUGUUUGCCCCUCAGGAUCGGAGAUGUUUCAAUA